UAUGUACCACCGCUAUGACGAUCGCGUUGUGGCAACGCUGCGCGUGUUUCUUGCCGCCAAAAGUGAACAAAAACACUUGUUUUCGUUACUUAAAUUGUUUGCAAACAAGAUAAAUUGUUUAUUGCCCAACGGCCGUGUGGCUGAAGUGUGUGUUGAAAGUGCCAUGAGCAGCGAAAAAGUGAAAAACGACAAUGAGCCCAAUGAAGACUCGGACGAUUCGUGCGGCGAUGAAUCGGCCAGUUUCACCACAAACAGCACCACCUCACGUAGCAAAUCGCCGGCCUCCAGCACACGCAGCAAACGUCGCGGCCGCCGCAGCCACAAAUCAAAGCCAAAAAGUGGCGCUGCCUACAAAUACGACACGCAUGUUAAGGAGAACCAUGGCGCCAACAUAUUUGGCGUGUCGUUCAACACGCUGCUGGGCAAGGACGAGCCCCAAGUGUUUGCCACAGCGGGCAGCAAUCGUUGCACCGUCUACGAGUGUCCGCGCAAAGGAGGCUUGACACUGCUCCACUGCUAUGCAGAUCCGGAUCCCGAUGAGGUCUUCUAUACCUGCGCCUGGUCAUAUAACUUAAAGACGUCCGCCCCGCUGCUUGCCGCCGCCGGCUACCGCGGAGUCAUCCGUGUCAUUGACAUUGAACAGAACGAGGCGGUGGGCAAUUAUAUUGGCCAUGGCCAGGCAAUCAAUGAGCUGAAGUUCCAUCCGCAUAAGCUGCAACUGCUGCUCUCCGGCAGCAAGGAUCAUGCCAUACGCCUGUGGAAUAUACAGACGCACGUAUGCAUUGCCAUCUUUGGUGGCGUUGAGGGGCAUCGCGACGAGGUGCUCUCCAUUGAUUUCAAUAUGCGCGGCGAUCGCAUCGUUAGCAGUGGCAUGGAUCAUUCGCUGAAGCUCUGGUGCCUCAACACUCAGGAGUUUCAGCACAAAAUCGAGCUGUCGCAAACAUUUAGCCAGGAGAAAUCAACGCUGCCCUUUCCCACAAUCACCAAACACUUUCCGGACUUCUCAACGCGCGACAUUCAUCGCAAUUAUGUGGACUGUGUGCAAUGGUUCGGCAACUUUGUGCUCUCCAAGUCCUGCGAGAAUGCAAUCGUCUGCUGGAAGCCCGGCCAGCUGCAUCAGAGCUUCGAGCAGCUCAAGCCCAGCGAUUCGUCGUGCACCAUCAUCGCGGAGUUCGAAUACGAUGAGUGUGAGAUAUGGUUUGUGCGCUUCGGCUUCAAUCCGUGGCAAAAGGUUAUCGCACUGGGCAACCAGCAGGGCAAGGUCUAUGUCUGGGAAAUGGAUCCCAGUGAUCCAGAGGGUGCCCAUAUGACGACCCUGCACAACGCGCGCAGCGUGGCGACUGUGCGUCAGAUAGCAUUUUCCCGGGAUGCCAGCGUCUUGGUCUAUGUGUGCGAUGAUGCAACUGUCUGGCGCUGGAACCGUCGACAACCGACCGCACUCUAAGGAGCCUAAAGAGUGACCAAUCCGUA